AUGAGUGGAUCUCGACAGAACGAAGCACGUUGCUUCAAUGAAAACUCUCCACGGCCACCAGUGCCUGGUAAGAUAUUACUGCAAGAAUACUUAUAAUUUCACUAUUUAUUAUUUCAUAUUACUACAAAUGAACGGAAAUUAUCAAAAUUUACAGUUAUAUCAUAUUGCCUUAUUGUGUUUAAUAUCUUAAAAACAUCAUGUGACAUUCCAUAGAUUAUUAAUAUCUUAUGUACAUUUUAGGAGAGGAAACAGGAAACUACGUCAGCAGGUUCCGUCCACAGAGUCCAACUCUGACCCCUAGGCGUUCUUCUCUUGCAACACCAACAGCUUCAGGUUGCGAUGUUUCAGCACCUUUGGGAUUUGAACCGGAAGGUUGCUGUAGUACGACAACUAUGGAAAGUGAUUCGCCACCUGCUUGCUUGCGGUGGGCCAGGAACCUGCAUUCCUUGCUGCAGGAUCCAGUGGGCUUGGAAUUGUUCAGAAAAUAUCUGGAUCAAGAAGGCAGACCUCAUGCAAAUCCUCUUAAUUUCUGGUUCGCCUGUGAGGGCCUCAAGGAACAAGAUGAUCCUGAAAGGAUAAAUCAAUUGGUUAAACUUAUCUACAGAAAGUUCUUCCUUAAGUCACAGUUAGCUAUACCAGAAGAUGUACGAAAGGAAGCUAAUCGUCGGGUUAAAGAAGGGCGGGCGGACGAAAAAGUAUUUGAUGCUGUACAGUUGGAAGUUGAACGUCUCAUUAAUGAGACUACAUAUCCAAACUUUCUUCGAUCCGAUAUGUAUCUUCAAUACGUUCAGUCCUGUCAAAACCCAGAUUCUGGUGGAUGUCCUAGUUCAGGAUCCAGUCGAGAUAUGUCUGUUGCUUGUGGGCCAAGCUUAUUGCCCACUGUCCACGAAGACAGUGAAUUUGUUAGUUCCAUACAUAGCUCACAUUCAGCUAGUGAAACGCCUGGGGAAUUGAGGGGUGAAUUGAGAUUGACCAAAGAUAUGCUUAUGGCUACUCAACAAACAAGGGCGAUGGAUCUUCGGCCGAAGCCAGAAGCAUAUGCUGGCAUUUACUUGCAACAUGGGACUAGUCCAUAUCAUAUGCUCGCACCCAGACUGCACGCACAAUAUUCCUCAUACAAUCCAGUUUCCAGACAGGAUUCAGAACUUCAAAGCUUGAGCAGUGAUGCACGAACUGAAUCAGACAAUAUGUCUCUCACCGAUUCAUCAGUUGAUGGAGCGUCAAUGAAUAAACAACGAAGUAAAAAACAGUAUAUAAGACAAUCUAGAGCUAUUAAAGAUUCAGCUAGUUUAAAUCGUGAUCCGCUGGCGCAUCAUACUAUCAUCCCUCGUACACAGCGAGUACCGCGUGAUUUAAUGCAUCCUCUGAAACCGGAAGAAUUUGCUCAAGUGCUUAUUGAGAAGUUGGAGAACGUUAAACGCGAACGAGAAUCUCAGGAAAAGCUUGAUAGGCAUUUGCAAGAGAGCGAUACGAUUAAUAAAGAUGCAUCAUUGGAAAUGUCAAGUGGAGCACCGAAAGCACUAGCUGAUGCGUUGAGAGAAAAGUUAAUGAUAGAAGAGGAUAAUGAUCAAGCAAUUUUGGACCAACACGUGUCACGAGUUUGGUCAGAUCUAACGCCUUCUCGAUCUCCUGGACUCUCAUCCCCAAGACUGCAUUCGCCUGAAAGAAGACGUUCUACGCACAAUUAUCCACGACCGUACAAACAAAGAAAAGAAAAAGACGUGUUCUCUACGUUUUCAGCAGAUAGUGGUAAUAUUCAUGAUUUUCAAGAAGGCAGCGAUCUUGUCGGAGCUGGCUCCAUGAGUUCACUAGGAUCUCACUUGCCUAAAUCUAAAUCCGUGCCAUCUGAUUACGCCGAUUCCCUCCAUAAACAGGACCUGUAUCUUCAAGGUCAUGAUCAACGAUUCCGAAGGUCGGACAUGACUAGAAGAUCAGCCACAAAGAAGUCUAUGACGGAAUUAACUGACAGUGGUGUUAGUGUUGUAAGUGACGCGCCACCAUCUAGCAAAGAUAUUCGUCUUUUAUCGUGGCUUAAGGAAAGUGACAAGAAAGCGGAUAUCAAGCAUAGUCGCCAUGGGAAAAAAUCUAUAUUCUGUUUUUUACAGGCAACUCAGUUAGAAGAAGCAAGAAGAAGAUUAAUAGAGGAAGAUAGGGCACGUUCAAGUUGUAAACAACGUCAUUCUAAUAUUUCUAAACAAUCAUACGAGCCUACAAUGCAAAGUCAAUCUUAUGUUCAAUCAAAUCAAUCAACGUUAAAGAAAACGAAGCAAGAUAUUGGAGAUUUUACCACCGUUGUGUUCAGUUUCUGUGACGAGCAGUUUCCUUAUAGGACUAAAAUUCCUGGUCAUAAUGUCACUUUAAAACAAUUUAAAGAAUAUCUUCCUAAGAAAGGCAGCUAUCGAUAUUUCUUUAAAACCGAGUGUGAGGACUUGGAUACAAAGGUUAUUCAAGAAGAAAUAACCGAUGAUUCUGAAGUCCUACCAUUAUGGGAGGGUAAAGUUAUGGCGCAAGUCAAGGCGCUCGAAUGA